AGUAGGUACUCCUAAAAUAAUCCUGAAAUUUUAAAAUAGAUUCAUAAAUUAAAUUAAAUUGCGUCGAAAAUGUUUGCAUUCAUGGACGCUGUAGAGAAGCCGCCUAUUGGCAACCGAAAGUCGUACAUGUCCAUCCCAGAAGCCAGGUUAAUAGGCGAUGUUGAGGGGUAUGUCACCCAGCAGGAGGAGGCCAUAAAGUUGCAACGCUUCUACUACUUGCAAUACAAUGAAAUAGCUGUCAGGCUGCAAACUGAUCUCACAGCGGUGUUAGCUCGCUUAGAAGCUGCCAAAAACAACUUGGAAAUGGUCAAGAAAUUCAGGGAUAAUCCGGGCGAGGAGUUUCAGAGCCUAAUGCAAAUAUCCGCGGGAGUAUUCAGAUGGGUGACAGUGAUGCCAGUGGAAAAGGUGACCCUUAAAGUGGGUAACGCCUUGCAAAUGGUAUUCGAUUUGCCGGAGGCGGAGGAAUUCAUCAAAAAGGACAUCACAAGACUGGUGAAGCAGCGUCUGCAACACGAGCAUGACAUUGACUUCCUGCAGGAUCAGGUGAACACCAUCGAGAUGAACUUAGCUGUUUUAUUUAAGAAUGGACUCGAUAAAAAGAACACCAAUAGUAAUGGCUAGUUUUAAAACUAUGUGUAUUUUGUUUAUA